UCUCUAACUUCAGGGACACAACAUAAAUUCACUUCAAAGGACUACUGUACGAAGGAUUCCCAAUGUCUGACAAAUCUUUUCUUCCUGGAGCACAGUGUAUUACAAAGACAGAUCAUACCAAACCAAAACCAAAAGAGCUAGCAUUUCAUAAAGGAGAUUUGGUAACUAUAGUCAGUACCUGUCAGGAAAAAGGUUGGUACUAUGCCCAUCAUGAUGGCAGUGGUAUGGAAGGUUUAAUCUGGUCUGGUGCAGUGCGUGAACGGCCCCCCAUCAAAGUGGAUGCAAAACUUAGCGUAAUGCCAUGGUUCCAUGGGGCAAUAACAGGAGUUCAGGCUGUACAACAGCUUCAGCCCAAGGAAAAUGGUUUAUUCCUGGUUAGAGAAUCAGUGCGGCACCCAGGAGACUAUGUACUGUGUGUGUGUUUCAAAGAUGAGGUCACCCACUAUCGAAUUUCUAAUCAGGGUGGAAAACUGAACAUUGACCUUACACAGAACUUCAACAACCUGAUGGACAUGAUAGAGUAUUACUCUGCUCAUCAAGGGGUCCUCACCACAAGGCUUAUAAAACCCAAAUGCAAACAGGGGAUGAUAUCAGCAGAACAGAAACUUGCAAAGGCUGGGUGGUUGCUAAAUUUUCAGAAUUUAACACUGGGAAAGAAGAUUGGAGAAGGAGAGUUUGGUGAUGUCCUGCAGGGGGAAUACAUGGGUCGUCCUGUAGCCAUUAAAAACAUUAAAUGUGACAUGACUGCACAAAAUUUUCUUUCAGAAACAGCCACAAUGACUAAACUUCAGCACAAAAACUUAGUGAAUCUGCUGGGGGUCAUUCUCAAAAAUGGGUUACUGCUGGUGAUGGAAUUGAUGAGCAAGGGAAACCUUGUAAAUUAUCUACGGUCCAGAGGAAGAAGUAUGGUACCUCCCUAUCAACUCCUUAUCUUCUCCAUGGAUAUUGUUCAAGGAAUGGAGUACCUGGAACUAAAACGGCUUGUGCAUCGGGACCUGGCUGCCCGAAAUAUUCUGGUAUCGGAAAAAGGAGAAGCCAAGAUAAGUGAUUUUGGUUUGUCUAAGCCACAGCUACAGCAAGAUGACCUCAGCAGGCUUCCCAUUAAAUGGACUGCACCAGAGGCACUGCAGAAUUAUAAAUUCUCUUCCCGCUCAGAUGUAUGGAGCUUUGGUGUGCUCCUGUGGGAGGUGUAUUCCUAUGGACGGGCACCAUACCCCAAAAUGUCAGUACGAGAAGUGAUUGAAGCAGUGAAGAAGGGAUACCGAAUGGAGGCUCCAGAAAACUGCCCACCAAUGAUAUACAGCAUUAUGAAAAGUUGCUGGGAAGCUGAUCCAGGAAAACGGCCCACUUUCAAGAAGCUAAAAGAAAAACUGGAAACAAUGAUGGGAGAUUAAAUAGGUGCACACGCUGCCUUUUCCCAGCUGUCUGGCUUAUGAGCCCAUAUUCUGAAAACCUGGAUCACAAGGAGUCUGUGGAGGGGUGGCUCUGCUGCUACUUCCAGGUUUACUAAUGUCUCCACAUGCAUUAAUGAAAAUCAUAAGAUAACCAGAUUUUCAAUACUGAUUAACCAGAUUAAACAUUAAUUUUAGUCAAAAUUAUAGUCUGAGGGACUCAUAAAGCGAACAAUGAUUACAUUUGGAAAAGAACAUCACACUUAGGGCAGUGGCACACAGGGAGACUACGGCAGAUGACUAAUCUCCCCGAUAUGCCAUCCCACCAGCAAGAAUGUAAAUCGCCGGUGGGAUGGCAUAUGCUUCGUUUCAGUUUCCCGAAGUCGCCCGAAGUGUUUACAUCCUUGCCUGUGGGAUGGCUUGUUGGGGGAAAUUAGUCGCCCGCAGUAGUGAAGAUUUAUUGCAGGCAACUAAUGUCUCCGCGUGCCACUAACCCUUUUCUUUUUACAGUCAUCCUCAAUGCCAGUACAAGCAAAUCACAAGCAGAUGGUCAACAGCAAGUUGAAGUUUUACAUUUUGCCUAAUGCAAGACAAUGUAAUUCUAAGCAAAUUUUUGCAAAGACAAUGUAAUUCUCAUCAAAUUUUCAAUUAUACAUUCAUUAAUAACCUGAAACUGUUUUAAUGUUAUUUGUAAAUAUAUUUUGAUAAAUAUGAAAAAUCAGAUUUUUUUUUUUUAAUUUUAAAUUUUUAUUGAAACAAUACAAAAAGAAGAAAACAAUAGCAAUCAUGAAAGCAUAAAUAUAGUGUUGAAAAAUAAAAUUUUACAAUAUUGUUGUCAAAUUCUGGUUAUUUUCUAUUACCAUAAUACUUCUUUAAGGGGGAUUGC